CCCUGCUGCACGCUGCACCCUGCGCUCCCUGCCUGGGCCUCCCGGGUUCGAAGCGGGCACUGUAGGCGGCGGUGGAGGAUUUGACCAAAGCCAGUUCCGCGGGCGGCUCUCCAGGACGCGUCGGCUGAGGUGGCUUCAGCUCUGCGGAGCCGGGUUGCAGGCUUUUGCUAAUCCUCCGUGAGCCUGUAGGGAUGGGUAAAACCCACCAGGCCUGUGGCACUUCCCAGCGGCCAUCAUCUCACUAGCGCCCCACAGUGGCAUUAGGAUGCACCUCUCAGCCGUGUUCAAUGCCCUCCUGGUGUCCAUACUGGCAGCUGUCCUGUGGAAGCAUGUGCGGCUACGUGAACAUGCAGCCACUCUGGAGGAGGAGCUGGCCCUUGGCCGACAGGCCCCAGAGCCCACCCCAAUGCUGAGGAUCGACUACCCAAAAGCCCUACAGAUCCUGAUGGAAGGUGGCACACACAUGGUGUGCACGGGCCGCACGCACACCGACCGUAUCUGCCGCUUCAAGUGGCUCUGCUACUCCAAUGAGGCGGAGGAGUUCAUCUUCUUCCACGGCAACACGUCUGUCAUGCUGCCCAAUCUGGGCUCCCGGCGCUUCCAGCCGGCCCUGCUCGACCUGUCCACCGUGGAGGACCACAACACCCAGUACUUCAACUUUGUGGAGUUGCCGGCCGCUGCCCUGCGCUUCAUGCCCAAGCCUGUGUUUGUGCCUGACGUGGCCCUUAUCGCCAACCGCUUCAACCCCGACAACCUCAUGCACGUAUUCCAUGACGACCUGCUGCCACUCUUCUAUACCCUGCGGCAGUUCCCAGGCCUGGCCCACGAGGCUCGGCUCUUCUUCAUGGAGGGCUGGGGUGAGGGCGCACACUUUGACCUCUACAAGCUUCUCAGCCCCAAGCAGCCACUCCUGCGGGCACAGCUGAAGACCCUGGGCCGGCUGCUGUGCUUCUCCCAUGCUUUUGUGGGCCUCUCCAAGGUCACCACCUGGUACCAGUAUGGCUUCGUCCAGCCCCAGGGCCCAAAGGCCAACAUCCUCAUCUCUGGCAAUGAAAUCCGGCAGUUUGCACGGUUCAUGAUGGAAAAACUGAAUGUGAGCCGUUCAGGGGUCCCCCUAGGCGAGGAGUACAUUCUGGUUUUCAGCCGUACCCAGAACAGACUCAUCCUGAAUGAGGCAGAGCUGCUGCUGGCUCUGGCCCAGGAGUUCCAAAUGAAGACCGUGACGGUGUCCUUGGAAGAUCACACCUUUGCUGAUGUUGUGCGGCUGGUCAGCAAUGCCUCCAUGCUGGUCAGCAUGCACGGGGCCCAGCUGGUCACUGCCCUCUUUCUGCCCCGAGGGGCAACUGUAGUUGAGCUAUUCCCAUAUGCUGUCAAUCCUGACCACUACACCCCAUAUAAGACACUGGCCAUGCUGCCUGGCAUGGACCUCCAGUAUGUAGCCUGGCGGAACAUGAUGCCAGAGAACACAGUCACGCACCCUGAGCGGCCCUGGGACCAGGGGGGCAUCACACACCUAGACCGGGCCGAGCAGGCCCGUAUCCUACAAAGCCGUGAGGUCCCGAGACAUCUCUGCUGCCGGAACCCAGAGUGGCUCUUUCGAAUCUACCAGGACACCAAGGUGGACAUCCCAUCCCUCAUCCAAACCAUACGGCGUGUGGUGAAGGGCCAGCCAGGGCCACGAAAGCAGAAGUGGACAGUUGGCCUCUACCCAGGCAAGGUGCGGGAAGCCCGGUGCCAGGCGUCGGUGCAGGGCGCCUCUGAGGCCCGCCUCACCGUGUCCUGGCAGAUCCCAUGGAACCUCAAGUACCUGAAGGUGAGGGAGGUGAAGUACGAGGUGUGGCUCCAGGAGCAGGGGGAGAACACCUAUGUGCCUUACAUCCUGGCCCUGCAGAACCACACCUUCACGGAGAACAUCAAGCCCUUUACUACCUACCUGGUGUGGGUCCGCUGCAUUUUCAACAAGAUCCUCCAGGGACCCUUUGCAGAUGUGCUGGUGUGCAAUACGUAGCGAGGGCGCUGUGGCCAGACCUUAGGAAGGUCCCUGGGCCCUGCUAGCUCCCUGGGGUGGCUUCUGGGAUUGAUUCCUUUAUUUAUUGAGCAGACCUGUCCCGACCUGUGCCUCCUGACUCCUUAUUGCAUCUGGAGUAUGGGGUUCGCAGCAGUCCUCUUCGCACUGGUGCAGUGGGACCCCACCCCUUUUCCCAGUCUGACCAUCCUUACCCGUGGAGGCAGUCCUUAGAGGGAGGAGGAAGAAAAGGAAGAGGAAAGAAUCCCAAGGGAUCUCUUUGGCUGAGUGGUGCUGUUCCCUAGUGAGUCUUCCUGGCCGGUAUCCAGAUCUGGAAAUUGGGAGUAAUCGUGGCGGCUUGGGUGGUGGUUCCUCAGCUUCCGUCAUCAUGAAGUUCCCCUGUUUCCCAGUGAAGGGUGUGUUUGGAACCUCCAUUAAAUGGUU